GACAUACGGGACGGUUAUUAAAGUCUCUCUGCUUCACCAGUCUUUCCUUCCUGCUGCUGCACAUCAUCUUCCACAUCACGUUGGCGAGUCUUGAAGCUCAACAUCGUAUUGCACCUGGCUACAACUGCUCAACAUGGGAGAAGACAUUUCGGCAGAUCGGCUUUGAAAGCUUAAAGGGAGCUGAUGCUGGCAAUGGGAUCAGAGUGUUUGUACCUGACAUCGGGAUGUUCAUUGCUAGUCUGACCAUCUGGCUUCUCUGUAGAAACAUUGUUCAGAAACCCGUGACAGACGAAGCAGCACAGUGUAACCUGGAGUUUGAAAAUGAAGAAUUGGCUGAAGGGGAAAAAAUUGAUUCAGAAGAGGCACUGAUCUAUGAAGAGGAUUUAGAUGGAGGAGAUGGUGUUGAAGGCGAGUUGGAAGAAAGCACAAAGUUAAAAAUGUUCCGCAGGCUUGCCUCUGUGGCCUCCAAGCUCAAGGAGUUCAUUGGCAACAUGAUCACCACUGCUGGGAAAGUCGUUGUUACCAUCUUACUGGGCUCCUCGGGUAUGAUGUUGCCAUCUUUGACGUCAUCUGUGUAUUUUUUUGUAUUUUUGGGUCUGUGCACCUGGUGGUCCUGGUGCCGGACGUUUGACCCAUUGCUAUUCAGCUGUCUCUGUGUUCUGCUGGCUAUUUUCACUGCUGGACAUUUGAUUGGACUUUAUUUAUACCAGUUCCAGUUCUUUCAAGAAGCAGUUCCACCCAAUGACUACUAUGCAAGGUUGUUUGGUAUCAAGUCAGUAAUUCAAACAGACUGUUCCAGUACUUGGAAGAUCAUAGUAAACCCGGACCUGUCAUGGUAUCACCAUGCCAACCCUAUCCUGCUGCUGGUGAUGUACUACACGCUGGCCACACUGAUCCGCAUCUGGCUGCAAGAGCCCCUUGUGCAGGAUGAGAGGACCAAAGAGGAGGACAGAGCCCUGGCUUGUAGCCCCAUCCAAAUAACAGCGGAGAGAAGGCGGAGCCUGUGGUAUGCAACCCACUACCCCACUGAUGAGAGAAAACUUUUGUCCAUGACCCAGGAUGACUACAAGCCAUCUGAUGGCCUGCUGGUGACUGUGAAUGGCAACCCCGUGGAUUACCACACCAUCCACCCCACCCUACCCAUGGAGAAUGGCCCCGGCAAAGCCGACCUCUAUUCCACCCCUCAGUACCGAUGGGAGCCCUCUGAUGAAUCCUCAGAAAAGCCAGAGGAGGAAGAGGAGGAGAAAGAAGAAUUUGAAGAAGAAAGGAGCCGUGAGGAAAAAAGAAGUAUCAAAGUUCAUGCCAUGGUCUCCGUGUUCCAAUUUAUUAUGAAACAAAGUUACAUCUGUGCCCUCAUAGCUAUGAUGGCCUGGAGCAUCACUUAUCACAGCUGGCUGACCUUCGUGCUACUGAUCUGGUCGUGCACUCUUUGGAUGAUUCGCAACAGAAGAAAAUAUGCCAUGAUCAGCUCUCCCUUCAUGGUGGUUUAUGGAAACCUAUUGUUGAUAUUACAGUAUAUAUGGAGUUUUGAACUUCCUGAAAUUAAAAAGGUUCCAGGAUUUUUAGAAAAGAAAGAGCCAGGAGAACUUGCUUCCAAGAUUCUUUUCACCAUUACUUUUUGGCUACUGCUGAGGCAGCACCUCACAGAGCAAAAAGCUCUGCAAGAAAAGGAAGCUCUUUUAUCGGAAGUCAAAAUUGGCAGUCAGGAAAAUGAAGAAAAAGAUGAGGAACUUCAAGAUAUACAAGUGGAAGGAGAGCCCAAAGAGAAGGAGGAAGAAGAGGAAGCAAAGGAAGAGAAGCAAGAGAGAAGGAAGGCAAACGAAGAGGAAGUUGAAGAAGAAGAUGAGCAGGACAUCAUGAAAGUCCUGGGCAAUUUGGUGGUGGCCAUGUUCAUCAAGUACUGGAUCUACGUCUGCGGAGGCAUGUUCUUCUUUGUCAGCUUCGAGGGUAAAAUUGUAAUGUACAAAAUCAUCUACAUGGUGCUGUUCCUGUUCUGUGUGGCCCUGUAUCAGGUGCAUUAUGAAUGGUGGAGGAAAAUUCUAAAAUAUUUUUGGAUGUCAGUGGUUAUUUACACUAUGCUGGUGCUUAUCUUUAUAUACACAUAUCAAUUUGAAAACUUCCCAGGCCUGUGGCAAAAUAUGACUGGAUUAAAAAAAGAAAAGCUCGAGGAUCUUGGCUUAAAGCAGUUUACUGUGGCUGAACUAUUCACUCGCAUAUUCAUCCCAACCUCCUUUCUGCUGGUGUGCAUUUUACACCUGCACUAUUUCCAUGACCAGUUCCUUGAACUCACAGACCUCAAGUCCAUUCCCAGCAAAGAAGACAACACCAUCUACAGACUGGCCCACCCUGAAGGAAGUCUCCCGGACCUCACCAUGAUGCACCUGACCGCCAGCCUGGAGAAGCCGGAGUUGAGGAAGUUGGCUGAGCCUGGGGAGGAGAAGCCCGAGGGCUACUCUGAAAAAGCCCAGAAGGGUGAGCUUGGGAAAGACAGCGAGGAGUCAGAGGAGGAUGGAGAGGAAGAGGAGGAAUCCGAGGAGGAGGAAGAAACAUCAGAUUUAAGGAACAAAUGGCACCUGGUAAUUGACCGCCUCACUGUGCUCUUCUUAAAAUUCCUGGAGUAUUUUCACAAGCUGCAGGUGUUCAUGUGGUGGAUUUUGGAGUUGCACAUCAUCAAAAUCGUUUCCUCAUACAUUAUCUGGGUUUCUGUGAAAGAGGUGUCUCUGUUCAACUAUGUAUUUUUGAUUUCUUGGGCUUUUGCUCUGCCGUAUGCCAAGCUGCGCCGUCUGGCUUCUAGUGUCUGCACGGUCUGGACGUGUGUGAUCAUCGUCUGCAAAAUGUUGUACCAGCUCCAAACCAUUAAGCCUGAGAACUUCUCUGUUAACUGUUCCUUGCCAAAUGAAAAUCAAACGAACAUCCCCCUUAAUGAGUUGAACAAGUCUCUGCUCUACCGCGCUCCUACUGAUCCUACAGAGUGGGUUGGCCUGCGGAAGUCUUCGCCACUGCUAGUCUACCUGAGGAAUAACCUCCUGAUGCUGGCUAUCUUGGCCUUUGAAGUCACCAUUUACCGCCAUCAGGAAUACUAUCGAGGUCGAAAUAACCUGACAGCCCCUGUGUCUAAAACUAUCUUUCAUGACAUUACAAGACUACAUCUAGAUGAUGGACUUGUUAAUUGUGCCAAAUAUUUCAUCAAUUACUUCUUCUACAAGUUCGGUCUGGAGACCUGUUUCCUACUGUCAGUUAAUGUGAUUGGCCAGCGAAUGGAUUUCUAUGCCAUGGUCCACGCCUGCUGGCUGAUCGCUGUCUUAUAUAGACGCAGAAGGAAAGCCAUCGCGGAGAUCUGGCCCAAGUACUGCUGCUUCCUGGCAUGCAUCAUCACUUUCCAGUACUUCAUCUGCAUCGGCAUCCCGCCUGCUCCUUGCCGAGAUUACCCAUGGAGAUUCAAGGGUGCCAGCUUCAACGACAACAUCAUAAAGUGGCUGUACUUCCCAGACUUCAUUGUGCGGCCCAACCCUGUGUUUCUCGUCUAUGACUUCAUGCUGCUUCUGUGUGCCUCCCUACAACGGCAGAUUUUUGAGGAUGAGAAUAAGGCUGCAGUGCGGAUCAUGGCAGGUGACAAUGUCGAGAUCUGCAUGAACCUCGAUGCAGCCUCCUUCAGCCAGCACAACCCUGUGCCAGAUUUUAUUCACUGCAGAUCUUACUUAGACAUGUCCAAAGUGAUCGUCUUCAGCUACCUCUUCUGGUUCGUGCUCACCAUCAUCUUCAUCACUGGCACCACCAGGAUUAGCAUCUUUUGCAUGGGGUACCUGGUGGCCUGUUUCUACUUUCUGCUCUUUGGGGGCGAUUUGCUGUUGAAACCCAUCAAGAGCAUCCUGCGCUACUGGGACUGGCUGAUUGCGUACAACGUUUUUGUGAUUACGAUGAAAAAUAUCCUGUCAAUAGGAGCAUGUGGAUACAUUGGAACAUUGGUGCACAAUAGUUGUUGGUUGAUCCAAGCUUUCAGCCUGGCCUGCACAGUCAAAGGCUAUCAAAUGCCUCCUGCUAAUUCGCCCUGUACACUACCCAGUGGGGAGGCAGGAAUUAUUUGGGACAGCAUAUGUUUUGCCUUCCUCCUGCUGCAAAGAAGAGUCUUCAUGAGUUAUUAUUUCCUACAUGUUGUGGCUGAUAUAAAAGCUUCCCAGAUCCUGGCGUCAAGAGGAGCUGAACUUUUCCAGGCCACAAUUGUAAAAGCUGUAAAGGCAAGAAUUGAGGAAGAGAAAAAGUCCAUGGACCAGCUGAAGCGACAGAUGGAUCGCAUCAAGGCCAGGCAACAGAAAUAUAAAAAGGGUAAGGAGAGGAUGCUGAGCUUGACCCAGGAGCCAGGGGAAGGCCAGGACAUGCAAAAACUCUCUGAAGAGGAUGAUGAAAGAGAAGCAGACAAACAGAAAGCCAAGGGCAAAAAAAAGCAGUGGUGGCGGCCUUGGGUUGAUCAUGCUUCCAUGGUCAGGAGUGGAGAUUAUUAUUUGUUUGAAACGGAUAGUGAAGAGGAGGAAGAGGAAGAAUUAAAGAAAGAAGAUGAAGAACUUCCCCGAAGGUCAGCGUUCCAGAGAGCUAUUGGGAAGUUUGCGUCAGCCAUUUUAGCCUUGCCAAAGUCUGUCAUUAAACUUCCCAAAACUAUUCUUCAAUAUUUAAUCAGAGCUGCAAAGUUUGUUUAUCAAGCCUGGAUUACUGAUCCUAAAACUGCACUCCGACAGAGACACAAAGAGAAAAAAAGGUCUGCAAGAGAAGAACGGAAACGAAGGAGGAAAGGAUCCAAGGAGAGUCCUGUGGAAUGGGAAGACCGAGAGGAUGAACCGAUCAAAAAGAAAUCUGAUGGACCAGAUAAUAUCAUCAAAAGGAUAUUUAAUAUUUUGAAAUUUACCUGGGUCCUAUUUCUGGCAACAGUGGACAGUUUUACUACUUGGCUUAACUCCAUUUCAAGGGAGCAUAUUGAUAUAUCUACAGUUCUAAGAAUUGAACGAUGCAUGCUGACCAGAGAAAUUAAGAAGGGCAAUGUUCCGACUCGGGAGAGCAUCCACAUGUACUAUCAGAACCACAUCAUGAACCUUUCCAGAGAGUCGGGGCUGGACACCAUUGACGAGCAUCCCGGAGCUGCUUCAGGUGCACAGACAGCCCACAGGAUGGAUAGUUUAGAUUCACAUGACAGCAUCUCCAGCUGCUACACUGAAGCAACCAUGCUGUUCUCAAGGCAGUCCACCCUUGAUGAUUUAGAUGGACAAGAAAUUCCUAAAACAAGCGAGCGCGCUCGGCCUAGGCUCCGUAAAAUGCUCAGCAUGGAUAUGUCCUCCUCUUCAGCUGACAGUGGCAGUUUAGUAUCAAGCGAGCCCACGCAGUGCACCAUGCUGUACUCACGCCAGGGGACUACUGAGACCAUCGAGGAGGUGGAGGCUGAGCAGGAGGAGGAGGCAGGGAGCACGAUGCCUGAGUCCGGGGAGGCCAAGGAGUAUGAGGCUGCAGGGUACGAUGUGGGAGCCGUGGGUGCCGAGGAGGUCAGCCUCACCCCAGAGGAAGAGCUGACACAGUUCUCUACCCUGGAAGGGGACGUGGAGGCCCCUCCCUCCUACAGCAAGGCUGUGAGCUUCGAGCACCUGUCCUUCGGCUCACAGGACGACUCUACAGGCAAGAACCACAUGGCAGUCAGCCCUGAUGACAGCCGCACCGAUAAGCUGGGGUCCAGCAUCUUACCUUCCCUGACCCACGAGCUGACGGCCAGUGAGCUGCUGCUGAACAAGAUGUUUCACGACGAUGAGCUUGAAGAGUCAGAGAAAUUCUAUGUGGGGCAGCCUCGAUUUCUGCUGCUCUUCUAUGCCAUGUACAACACCCUGGUUGCCCGCUCGGAAAUGGUGUGCUACUUCGUGAUCAUCCUCAACCACAUGGUCUCGGCCUCCAUGAUCACUCUCCUCCUUCCCAUCCUUAUCUUCCUCUGGGCCAUGCUGUCCGUCCCCAGACCCAGCCGCCGGUUCUGGAUGAUGGCCAUCGUCUAUACUGAGGUGGCAAUUGUAGUCAAGUAUUUCUUCCAAUUUGGGUUCUUUCCCUGGAAUAAGACUGCGGAGCUGAACAAAGAUAAACCGUACCACCCCCCGAACAUCAUAGGAGUGGAAAAGAAGGAAGGUUAUGUUCUUUAUGACCUCAUCCAGCUCCUGGCUCUGUUCUUUCAUCGAUCAAUUUUGAAGUGCCAUGGCUUAUGGGAUGAAGAUGACAUGACUGAAAGUGGCAUGGACAAGGAGGAAUCAGAUGAUGAGCUUUCCCUCAGUCACGGCAGGAGGGACUCCUCUGAUUCUCUCAAGUCCAUCAACCUGGCGGCAUCCGUGGAGUCAGUGCAUGUGACCUUCCCAGAGCAGCAGACAGCUGUCCGGAGGAAGCGCUCCAGCACCAACUCUGAGCCAUCCCAGAGAUCCAGCUUUUCUUCAAUCAGAUCCCAAAGAGGCAGCACAAGCACCCGAAACAGCAGUCAAAAAGGAAGCAGUGUUUUGAGUAUUAAGCAAAAAAGCAAAAGGGAACUUUAUAUGGAAAAGUUUCAAGAACAUUUAAUCAAAGCAAAAGCCUUUACCAUAAAGAAGACGCUGCAGAUGUAUGUGCCCAUCAGACAGUUCUUUUACAACCUCAUCCACCCGGACUAUAGCGCUGUGACUGACGUGUAUGUGCUCAUGUUCCUGGCUGACACGGUGGACUUCAUCAUCAUUGUCUUCGGCUUUUGGGCCUUUGGGAAACACUCAGCAGCCGCAGACAUCACCUCUUCGCUGUCGGAGGACCAGGUCCCGGGGCCAUUUUUGGUGAUGGUCCUCAUUCAGUUUGGAACCAUGGUGGUGGACCGAGCCCUCUACCUUAGGAAGACUGUACUGGGAAAGGUCAUCUUCCAGGUCAUUCUUGUGUUCGGAAUUCACUUCUGGAUGUUCUUCAUCUUACCUGGCGUGACUGAGAGGAAAUUCAGCCAGAACCUGGUUGCCCAGCUUUGGUACUUUGUGAAGUGCGUUUACUUUGGGUUGUCUGCUUACCAGAUCCGUUGCGGCUACCCAACGCGAGUCCUGGGGAACUUCCUCACCAAGAGCUACAAUUAUGUCAACCUCUUCUUAUUCCAAGGGUUUCGCCUCGUGCCCUUUUUGACUGAGCUGAGGGCAGUGAUGGACUGGGUGUGGACAGACACGACCUUGAGCCUGUCCAGCUGGAUCUGUGUGGAGGACAUCUAUGCCCACAUAUUCAUCCUGAAGUGUUGGCGUGAGUCGGAGAAGAGAUAUCCUCAGCCGCGGGGCCAGAAGAAGAAGAAAGUGGUGAAGUAUGGCAUGGGAGGAAUGAUCAUCGUCCUGCUCAUCUGCAUCGUCUGGUUUCCUCUUCUCUUCAUGUCUUUGAUCAAAUCCGUGGCUGGGGUCAUCAACCAGCCCCUGGACGUCUCUGUCACAAUUACCCUGGGAGGGUAUCAGCCUAUUUUCACAAUGAGUGCCCAACAAAGCCAGCUGAAAGUUAUGGACCAGCAGAACUUUAAUAAAUUUAUACGAGCUUUUUCCAGGGACACCGGUGCUAUGCAAUUUCUGGAAAAUUAUGAAAAAGAAGACAUAACAGUAGCAGAACUGGAAGGAAACUCAAAUUCUUUGUGGACCAUCAGCCCACCCAGUAAGGAGAAAAUGAUACACGAACUCCUGGACCCCAAUAGUAGCUUCUCUGUCGUUUUUUCGUGGAGUAUUCAAAGAAACUUAAGUCUCGGUGCAAAAGCGGAAAUAGCAACAGAUAAGCUUUCUUUUACUCUUCAAAAUAGUACUCGAAAGAACAUUGCUAAAAUGAUAGCAGGCAACAACACAGAAAGUUCAAAAACACCAGUGACCAUAGAAAAGAUCUAUCCAUAUUAUGUGAAAGCACCUAGUGAUUCUAACUCAAAGCCCAUAAAGCAACUUUUAUCUGAAAAUAAUUUCAUGGAUAUUACCAUCAUUUUGUCCAGAGACAAUACAACUAAAUAUAACAGUGAGUGGUGGGUUCUCAACCUGACUGGGAACAGAAUAUACAAUCCGGAGUCGCAGGCCCUGGAACUGGUGGUCUUCAAUGACAAAGUCAGUCCCCCAAGUCUGGGGUUCCUGGCUGGCUAUGGUAUUAUGGGAUUAUAUGCUUCAGUUGUCCUUGUGAUUGGGAAAUUUGUCCGUGAAUUCUUCAGUGGGAUUUCUCACUCCAUCAUGUUUGAAGAGCUUCCAAAUGUGGAUCGAAUUUUGAAGUUGUGCACAGAUAUUUUUUUAGUUCGAGAAACAGGAGAACUGGAACUAGAAGAAGAUCUCUAUGCCAAAUUAAUAUUCCUGUAUCGCUCACCAGAAACAAUGAUCAAAUGGACUAGAGAAAAAACAAAUUGAAACCUUAGAACACAGACUGCAAAUAAUGUUAACAUUUGAAUUUUUUAAAAAGCACAAUAUUCUCAUAAGAGCUAAGCAUUUCUAGUUCGAUGGAAAUGGUUUGUUUCUCUUCUGACAGGUAGACAAAAGGAGCUGAUAUCCUUUUACAGUAAAAGCUACCUUGCAAGUUAGGGCACUGUUGAAAAUAUUAUGUGUCACUCCAUUUCUCUGAGAUCAGGGCUACUUGCUUUAUGUUUUAGUCAACAGUGUCUUGCAUUCUGAUUGAUCAUGUGAAGGAAUCAUUUAUGGGCCCAGUCCCUGAGAGAAACAAAAGAGAAGUCAGAAGGAAAGAUGCUUGCGUUUUCCUCUGCGGGGACUGCACCCUUCCUGGAGAGAGGCUACAAUGCAAUAUACAGCACUCCAUCCCACUGGGGAAGCUGCUCUGAUGAGACUAGAGGAGCCUUCAACACACUCAGAAUAUGCAACAGCAAUAGGGGGCGGACACUCCUACCCUUGUUUCUAGGGGCAAAAGAGAAGGAACUAAUUGCCCAUGAAGAUGCCAGUGGAAUGAUCAGCCUCAUUCUAAGCAAAAACAUAACAUUAGUGAUUCUCUUACUGCCUUAUCUUAACCAAGGACUAAUAAGAUACCUUUCCAUUAAACACCAGUGACUUCUCAGGAAAAAAAAAAAAAAAAGCAGAAAAACAAAUGAUGUGGACACCUGCUUUGUUGGGGUCCAGCCAUGACUGGCUUCAAUAAGGACAACUAUUCUGGAGGGCUGCUGUCUCCCGUGCAAACGGAUGUGAGGCAGAAGAGUAAAAAGGCCAACCCAGUGGGACCUGGAAUACUUUGACUUUGUAACUCUUUAAUAACUGAGGUCAGGACCGCUCUUCUGCCUUUCCCAUCCCUCGACAUGCUUUUUCUCAUUUCCAUGAUUUAAGGCAAUGGUUUUUCCAGUAUGUGACAUUUUCCUUCCUGUUUUUCAGGUAUAUCAAAGAGUUUACAUAUUCCAACUCACAUUUUUACAUCUGAGACGGGUUUUUUAAGUUCAUAAUUAUGAAAGAAAUAUGUAUAUUGAGCUUGGGGAAAUAAAAAUGGCCUUUUCUUAAAUUAUUAUUAUUGGUAAUACAACCUCUUCAUUAAAUAACAAUGUAGCAUGAAAAAUUUAUGAUUGAAAUGUAGUUUUCAUUCCAUAUUAAGAUACAGUUUCUGAGAAGAAUCAUUGAAUGGUCUAGAAUAUGUCAAAAAAUUGAUCCUGUGUGGUUUGGGUUCAGGGCUGACUUAAAAUAAAGCACACCCUGCAAAGUCA